AUGAAUUCAAGGCGACAACCAAUCUCAACAAAAUUCAAACUGCGUUCACCUGAGUAUAUUGCCGGCUUUCUUUCAUCAGCUACCAAUAUUUUACUAACUUAUCCAGUAAAUAAAUUAAUUUUUCGUCAACAAAUCUAUCGCCUUAAAACAGUUGACGCAUUUCAACAACUGAAGGAUGAAGGUUUCCUUGUUCUCUACCGUGGUAUGGCCUUACCAUUAAUACAAAAAACAUUUUCUUUAAGUAUUAUGUUCGGUGCUAAUGCACACUAUCUACAUAUACUACAAUCAUUUUCAAAAACCGAUCAUUGGUAUCAUCAACCUAUAGCGUCUGCUUUAGCUGGUGGCACCGAAGCUGUUCUAACGCCAUUAGAACGAGCGCAAAUUCUACUUCAAACACCAAAAUAUAAUACAGUGCUUCGCAAUGGUUUACAUGCCUUUAUAUUGAUGUAUAAGCAUUAUGGUAUUAUAGAAUAUUAUCGUGGUGUAACAUUGAUUCUGAUUCGAAAUAGUGUAUCGAAUAUUAUAUUCUUUGCCAGUCGAAAGCCUGUGAAAAAUUUGUUACCUUCAGCUUCAACCGACUUUCAGCAUUCACUUUAUGAUUUUUUAAGUGGUGGCUUAUUAGGUGCACUUCUGUCUACGUUUACAUAUCCGAUAAAUGUUUUAAAAAAUAUACAACAAUCUGAACUGGGUGGUCGUCACGAUCGUCCAAUAAAAAUUUUUCGUUUAGUCUAUGAACAGCGUGGAAAUUCAUUUAAAGAAUUUUAUAUUGGUGCCAAAUGGAAUUUCAUACGUAGUCUCGUAUCGUGGGGAAUCAUCAACAGUACCUAUGAGUACUAUUUGACAGUAUUCCAAAAUACGAUCAAUGGUGAUGACUGA